AUGUUUCUAAUUUAUAAUCAUCUUAUUGCUUUCAUUCACUUAAACAUUUUACAGAUUGCUGAUUUCGGAUUCGUUAAACAUGUGAAAUAUAGAACCUAUACACUUUGUGGGACUCCUGAAUAUCUAGCUCCAGAGAUUAUUCAAAGUAAAAUGGAAAAUUCAUUUUGAAUUAUUCAUGAGAACGUUAGUGAUAGGCAUUUUCACAGUGAUUUUAGUUCAUUUACUAUUUCGAAUUUUCAAAGAUUAACGGAGUGUUGCUGUGAAAAGUUAAUGGAUUCACAGGUCCUGCUUUUAUUCUACCUUUUUGCAUAUCUUAUUAUUUCUACUGUGACGUGAUAUGGGACUCUUUUUGUAGUCUAACUUGCAUAC